AACAAGAGGUAAAGAUAAAGUUGAAAGAAGAGUUGUGUAGAAAAAGAGAGGAAAUAUUCUCCUUAGCUUUCAAGGUCUUUUUUGGUGUUUUCUUUUGAAAUCAAACAAACUUCCAGCUCCCAAAUUGAAGUGAUUAAUAUUGUAUUCUCUUGAUGUUUUAAGAUUUGUGUGUUUCUGAGUGUUGCUGUGCGCUACUGUUGUUUGCUUGCUACUACUACUUAUGUUUCUGUUCUUUUGGCAAAAUCUGAAAGAAAAAAAAACUUGUGAGAUUUGAAUACCACCAAGGUUUUCUUAUCUGUUUGUAUUUGGAAAAAACACUUUGUUUUCUAGCUUAGACAAAACCAAACUAUUAACAAAAUGAUGUCUGGAGAUGUGUUUUCAUUUCCUUCUUCUGUCAAAGCAGUACUUCCUCACCAAGAACUUCAAACAAACCCUAACCCUAAACCUAAUCCUCCUUCCAAGAAAAGAAGAAACCUUCCCGGAACACCAGAUCCAGAUGCUGAUGUUAUUGCUCUAUCACCACAGUCACUUAUGGCAACAAACAGAUUCAUAUGUGAGAUUUGCAACAAAGGUUUUCAAAGGGACCAGAAUUUGCAACUUCAUAGAAGAGGACACAAUCUUCCAUGGAAGCUAAAGCAAAGGAAUAAACUAGAAAUAGUGAAGAAGAAAGUGUACAUAUGCCCAGAAAAGACUUGUAUUCAUCAUGAUCCAUCACGUGCACUUGGAGACCUUACUGGAAUAAAGAAACAUUUUAGUAGGAAACAUGGAGAGAAGAAGUGGAAGUGUGAAAAGUGUUCAAAGAAAUAUGCAGUUCAAUCAGAUUGGAAAGCUCAUAGUAAAACUUGUGGAACUAGAGAGUACAAAUGUGACUGUGGCACACUCUUUUCCAGAAAAGAUAGUUUUAUCACACACAGAGCUUUCUGUGAUGCUUUAGCUGAUGAGACUUCAAGAAUCACUUCAGUUGGGGUUAACAAUUUGAACUUCCCAAAUAACCAUACAUUGUUGAACCAGCAAUCAAAUUUGCAUGGUGGGUUCACAGGAUUUAGACCAGAUUUUAGUAGUUUUUCAACUGGGAAUAAUUCUCUUCAUCAUCAGCAACAAAAACCAAGAUUAUCACUCUGGUUAGAUCAACAACUUCAACCAAGUUCAAAUCUUUUUGACUCAUCAAACACAAAUGGAUUUCAAGAAAUGAUGCAAAUGCCAUCUCAACACGUAUUUGGAGCAUCUUCAACAGCUCCAAACUUUUCAUUUUCUUCACCACAAGGCACAUCAAUGACUGAUCAAACUUUAAGUUCUUUAUAUUCUGAUAGUCACCAAAACAUCCAAUUAACCAAAUCUUCUUCGACACCAAUGUCUGCCACUGCACUUCUACAAAAAGCAGCUCAAAUGGGUUCUACAAAAAGCAACCAAAGUAGUACUUUCUUUAGCAACAAUUUCAGUAAACUCAACACUUCUUCCUCUACUACUUCACCAAAUACACCAACCUUUACUAGUUUGCAUAGUUGCGAAACAACGGACCAAAUGUUACAGGGCAAUAAUGGACUCAUUGGGUGUACAAAUUUUAGUUCAUCCGGAAUUGCUAAGGCAAUUAUGCAAACUCCAGCAGUUUCAAUGAAUGGCAUGGAUAAUAGUUUAACGAGAGAUUUUUUGGGAAUUAGACAUGAAGGGAAUUGCCAGUUUAUGCCACAAGAUAUGGUUAAGUUUGCUAAUUCGAUGAGUAAUUCAGCUAUGGGGUUGAGCCAUUUACAGUAGUAGUCACUUUUCGUAUUUUUCUUUUUGUAACGCAGUACAAUAAUGUAAAAUGUCACCUUAUCUUCAUGCUAUUGCUGGCUCAGCUAGCCUAUUGGCUA